GAGAGAAGAGGGGUAAGUUAGUACUUUGGUUAUUCGAUACAACCAAAGCAAAGCCCUCCUUAAAACCUCCGCCCAAAAAAGAAGUGUAGAGAAGAGUGAGUGAGUAGGGCGAUUUGUUCAACCUCAAACAAAAGAAAAGAAUACCAAAACUUACAUAACCUGCAACGCCUCCCAUUUCUAUAACUACUCACUCUCUCAUUUCCUUCAUUACUCUUCUCACCUACAUUACUCUCUCUCUCUCUCUCUCUAGAUUAUGGCUCAGGUGGUGGCCACGCGGUCGAUUCAGAGCGCCUUUGCAUGCCCUAGCACUGGAUCGGGACAAGAUCUGUUUGACAAGCUAAAGCCUUCCAGUUUCGCAUCUAAAUUGUUCUUCAAUCUUCAGAAGAAGAGGUCCGGUGAUGUCGUUUAUGGCAGGAGAUUCCAGAUCAGUGCCAAGAGAUCUGCACAAGCUCAAGUUGUUCCCGUUUCUCCUGUGGACGUGUCUAAGGUAGAGGAGGGAAUUGGAAAAUUGCAUGAGUUACAACAGCUUGGUGAUACAUCAGUGGCUUUGUGGUCUAAGCCAACAGUUUCACGCAAGACUAAGAUUGUUUGUACAAUUGGACCUUCAACGAAUACGAAAGAGAUGAUUUGGAAGUUGGCUGAGUCAGGAAUGAACGUUGCUCGAAUGAAUAUGUCUCAUGGAGACCAUGCUUCUCAUAAGAAAGUUAUUGAUUUGGUUAAGGAAUAUAAUGAGCAAAACAAGGACAAUGUCAUUGCAAUCAUGCUUGAUACAAAGGGUCCAGAGGUUAGGAGUGGGGACUUGCCACAGCCUAUUAACUUAGAACCUGGGCAAGAAUUUACUUUCACAAUUCAGAGAGGAGUUGGAACAGCAGACUGUGUUAGUGUGAAUUAUGAUGAUUUUGUUAACGAUAUAGCAGUGGGCGACAUGCUUCUAGUUGAUGGUGGUAUGAUGUCAUUUUUGGUGAGGUCCAAAACAAAAGAUUCAGUAAAAUGUGAGGUUAUUGAUGGAGGAGAACUUAAGUCUAGAAGACAUUUGAAUGUUAGAGGGAAGAGUGCAACAUUGCCUUCCAUCACAGAAAAGGACUGGGAAGAUAUCAAAUUUGGAGUUGACAACCAAGUUGAUUUUUAUGCUGUCUCCUUUGUGAAAUCUGAAGAAGUUGUUCAUGAAUUGAAGAGUUAUCUGAAAAGCUGCAAUGCAGAUAUACAUGUUAUUGUAAAAAUUGAAAGUGCAGACUCUAUCCCAAAUUUGCAUUCUAUCAUCACCGCAUCCGAUGGGGCAAUGGUUGCUAGAGGAGAUCUGGGUGCAGAGCUUCCUAUUGAGGAGGUUCCUCUUUUACAGGAAGAGAUAAUCAGGAUCUGCCGUAGCAUGGGGAAAGCUGUCAUUGUCGCAACAAAUAUGCUUGAAAGCAUGAUUGUUCACCCAACACCAACCAGGGCAGAGGUGUCAGACAUUGCUAUUGCUGUUCGAGAGGGUGCUGAUGCAGUCAUGCUUUCCGGGGAAACUGCUCAUGGAAAGUUCCCGUUGAAAGCUGCAAAAGUUAUGCACACAGUUGCAUUAAGGACUGAAGCAACCAUACCAGGUGGUACAAUGCCAGCUAAUCUUGGUCAAGCUUUCAAGAACCAUAUGAGUGAGAUGUUUGCUUACCAUGCAACUAUGAUGUCUAACACUCUCGGCACCUCAAUUGUUGUCUUUACAAGAAGUGGUUUCAUGGCUAUUCUAUUGAGCCAUUAUAGACCUACUGGCACCAUAUUUGCCUUUACAAAUGAUAAGAGAAUACAACAAAGAUUGGCUUUGUACCAGGGUGUGUGUCCGAUACACUUGGAGUUCUCGGAUGAUGCUGAAGAGACAUUUGGGAAAGCCUUGUCCUUACUUCGGGACCAAGGAAUGGUUAAGGAAGGAGAAGAGGUGGCACUUGUUCAAAGUGGCAGACAACCCAUCUGGCGGUUUCAAUCUACUCACAACAUUCAGGUGAGGAAAGUCUUGUGAUCACUGCUCUGAAGGUGAGAGAGAAUCGACGCAAGUUGAAAGCGUCUACUAAAGUUAGAGAACUCUGUUUUCCUUUAGUGCGAGUGGUUUCGAGUAUUGUCUUGUUUGUCUCUGCUCGUUUACCUGCUCUAAGAGUCCUUUAUCCUUGAUCCGCUCCAUUACUCUUUCUUUUUGUUUUUAUUUAUUUUAUUUAUUUUUAUUUAAAGAAAAUUGUAUGUUUAUUUUAAAUUAAGAAUAUAGCAGGAUUGGUGCUGUUUUUGUUUGGCAUUUUGAAUCAAAACAAUUUUAGUUAAGUAUUGUUUAGUA